AUGGCGUACAACGACGGAGGCGAAGCCUUACCGGAAGAGGAAGGAGAUGAAGUUAUGGACAUUGACGAAAUUCCCGUCACGCAAGAAGACGCCUGGGCAGUGAUUAGUGCCUACUUUGAAGAAAAAGGCUUAGUCCGCCAGCAACUCGAUUCUUUUGACGAGUUCAUCCAAAAUACCAUGCAGGAACUCGUGGACGAUUCCGGAGAUAUUCGCGUCUCGCCGGAAAUUCAGCACAUGGUGGGCUACGACGACGAAGCCUACGACAGAGAACAGGAAAAGGAAACAAAGUUUGUCUUUGAGAUUCACUUUGGCCAAGUUUACCUUUCCAAACCCACCACGGUCGAGAAGGACGGAACCAUCACCAACAUGUUCCCACACGAAGCCCGACUCCGAAAUAUGACCUAUUCCGCACCGCUUUACGUUGAUGUGGACUUGAAUCAGUAUCAAGUGGGACGAGAGGUCAAUGUUAACGACCCCUCGGAGGAUUUGGGAGAACCUGUCGCCACCGAACACGCCAAGAAGGAAUUUCUCGGUUACGUGCCUAUCAUGUUGCGUUCCCUCUUUUGUGUACUUUCGGACAAGGACGACGCCGAUUUGAGUGACCUGGGGGAGUGUGUUUACGAUCAGGGUGGUUAUUUCGUCAUUAAUGGAUCGGAAAAAGUCAUUAUUGCGCAAGAGCGAUUGUCCAACAAUCACGUUUACGCCUUUAAAAAGAAGCAGCCCAGUAAGUUUUCCUGGGUCAUUGAAACCCGCAGUCAAGUGGAAAACUCCACUCGGCCUGUGUCAACCCUCUACAUCCAAAUGUACCACAAAGGUGGGCGCGGGGCCAUUGAAGGCAAUCAGAUUCGUUCCACGUUGCCCUACAUUCGCACCGAUAUCCCCGUCGUUAUCAUAUUUCGAGCACUGGGAUACGUAGCGGACCGGGACAUUAUCGAGCACGUCGUGUACGAUCUGACGGAUGGGGAAAUGAUGGACUUGUUCCGACCUUCGCUUGAAGAGGCUUUCGUCAUUCAGCGACAGGAUGUGGCGUUGGAUUUUAUCGGUCGGCGUGGAUCGGCACGGGACGUGACCAAGGAAGACCGGAUGCGGUACGCACAAGCCAUUCUACAAAAGGAAGUUUUGCCGCACGUCGGAACAGAAGAGCACUGCGAAACCAAAAAAGGUUUCUUUAUCGGUUACGCCGUACACAAGUUACUCAUGUGUCGCUUGGGACGGGCCGAAGAAGACGACCGUGAUCACUUUGGUAAAAAGCGCUUGGAUUUGGCCGGACCCUUGUUGGGCGGGCUAUUUCGCGUCUUGUUCCGGAAACUGACUAAGGAUGUGCGCAAACAUUUACAACGAUGCUUGGAUGAAGGCAAACACUUCAAUAUUGGAGCCGCUAUCAAGAGCAACCAUAUCACCGACGGACUCAAAUACUCGUUAGCAACGGGAAACUGGGGUGACAAGGGAAUGGCUACCAAAGCGGGUGUCUCACAAGUGUUGAAUCGUCUGACCUACGCUUCGUCGCUCUCCCACCUCCGUCGAUGUAACACGCCCCUGGCCCGCACCGGAAAACAGGCCAAGCCGCGUCAGUUGCAUAAUACGCACUGGGGUAUGGUAUGCCCAGCCGAGACUCCCGAAGGGCAAGCCGUUGGUCUCGUCAAGAAUCUGGCCCUCAUGGCGUACAUUACGACCGGUACCGCACAAGUUCCCGUCUUGGAGUUCCUGGAAGAGUUUAGCACCGAAAACUUGACGGACAUUUUGCCCUCGGUAAUUGCCGAACCGAAUACUUGCAAAAUUUUUGUUAACGGAAAUUGGGUAGGUAUUCAUCGUGAUCCGAAAGCACUCGAAGAGACAUUCCGAUCAUUGCGUCGAAUGGUGGACAUUGAUGCCGAGGUUUCGAUUGUUCGAGACAUUGCCGAUAAAGAAGUUCGCAUUUACACAGAUGCCGGACGCAUCUGCCGCCCAUUGUUUGUCGUUCAGGAACAAAAACUGGCAAUCAAGAAGCACCACAUCAUGCAGUUACAGGGCAUGGAUCCGAAUGAAAAGAAGUUGACCUGGACGGAUCUUCUCAUGGAGGGUUUGGUCGAAUAUAUUGAUACAGAAGAGGAGGAGACCACCAUGGUUGCCAUGGAACCGAACGAUUUGGAUUCCGACGAUUCGUAUUCCUCAACGUAUACACACUGCGAGAUUCACCCGUCUAUGAUUCUUGGUGUAUGUGCCUCGAUCAUCCCCUUUCCUGAUCACAACCAAUCUCCUCGUAACACUUAUCAGAGUGCCAUGGGAAAGCAAGCUAUGGGUAUUUAUGCGUCAAACUACCAAGUACGCAUGGACACGAUGGCGCACGUAUUGCAUUACCCGCAGAAACCAUUAUGUACUACACGAGCGAUGGAGUUUUUACAUUUCCGAGAACUCCCAAGCGGUGUAAAUUGCAUUGUCGGCAUUCUCGUUUAUACUGGGUACAAUCAGGAAGAUUCCUUGAUUUUGAAUCAGUCAGCGAUUGACCGUGGGCUCUUCCGGUCCUCCUAUUAUCGCUGUUACAUUGACCAGGAGAAAGCCAGCACUGUCGGCACGAUUGGAUCCUUGACGUCGGAACUGUUCGAAAAACCUAGUAUGGACAGUACGCGCGGAAUGAAACACGGGGAGUACGGAAAACUCGACGAUGAUGGUCUGGUAGCUCCCGGUACUCGCGUGUCGGGAGACGAUGUUUUGAUUGGCAAGACGGCACCAAUUGACGCUACGGCCGGUAUGCCUUCACGUUACUCCAAACGCGAUUGCAGCACGUCCAUGAAGGCCAACGAGCAUGGCAUUGUUGACAACGUGCUGAUCAGUACGACAAAAGAAGGAUAUCGGUUUACGAAGGUUCGCAUUCGGAACGUCCGGACGCCGCAGAUUGGUGACAAGUUUGCCUCACGUCACGGACAAAAGGGAACGAUCGGAAUGACUUACCGUCAAGAAGACAUGCCUUUCACCGUAGAGGGCAUCGUGCCGGACAUUAUUGUGAAUCCCCACGCUAUUCCUUCUCGAAUGACUAUCGCACAGUUAAUUGAGUGUCUUUUAGGAAAGGUUGUUGUCUUUCAGGGAUGCGAAGGAGAUGCUACUCCUUUUACGGACGUGACCGUCGAAGAUAUCAGUACCCGCUUACACGCCAUGGGAUACCAAAGACACGGAAACGAAGCUUUAUAUCAGGGACAUACAGGACGCCCAUUGAAUGCUCGUGUUUUUAUCGGUCCAACCUUUUACCAGCGUUUGAAGCAUUUGGUCGACGAUAAGGUCCACUCUCGUGCUCGCGGUCCGGUUGCCAUGCUUACGCGGCAACCGUUGGAAGGUCGAUCUCGGGAUGGUGGUUUGCGCAUGGGAGAGAUGGAACGCGAUUGCCUGAUUACGCAUGGCUGUGCCAACUUUAUGCGCGAUCGCUUCUUUGUCAAUUCGGACCAGUACCGUAUCCACAUUUGCGAACGUUGCGGUUUGACGGCACAGGCCAAUCUCAAGAAGAUGACGUACGAAUGCCGCAGCCCGAUGUGUGUGGGUCGUCCGACGCAAAUUUGCCAGGUCGAGAUCCCGUACGCGGCCAAGCUACUGCUACAGGAACUCAACUCCAUGUGCAUUCAAACCAGAAUUUAUACCAAGAACGUGACGACAAGGGAUAAUUCGUAUUAA